AUGCAACGAACAAUGCUCACCAGCAGGCUGCUUCGCCAAGAUUGCACAUGCAAAGUCGCAAGGUCAUUCAGAAGAUCACUGGCAACUGCUGGCAAUCAGAGAUUACCUAAGCCAUUCAACGAAGCCAACUUACAUUAUGCACAAUCCUCACCAGAACGAAAAGGUCUAGAAGAGGCUCUAAAAAAGCUAAGAUCACAAUUACCAGUCUCAGUACCAUCUAUACGGAACGGCAAAGAGGUUGCCUCGUCAGGCUCUGACCAGCUGUCACAGCAUAUGCCCGCCGAACAUGCAAAUGUCUUGGCAAAAUAUACUGCCGCAACCAAAGAGGAUGUCUCUGCUGUGAUAGAAGCCGCUCUCAAGGCAAAGCAAGAAUGGGCUGACAUGCCAUUCUUCGACCGAGCAGCCAUUUUUCUGCGAGCUGCAGAACUGGUCUCCUCAAAAUACCGCUUCGAGAUUAUGGCUGCCACCAUGCUAGGCCAAGGCAAGAAUGCUUGGCAAGCUGAAAUCGAUGCCGCUGCCGAACUCGCCGACUUCUACCGCUUCAAUGUCUCAUUCGCUCAGGAUAUCUACGAUAGACAGCCAACAAUCAACGCACCUGGUCAUGCAGGUCGAACAGACUGGAGGCCUCUAGAAGGUUUUGUCUACGCCAUCUCACCUUUUAACUUCACCGCUAUUGGUGGCAAUCUUAUCUCAGGUCCAGCACUCAUGGGUAACACUGUUGUAUGGAAACCAUCGCCAUCCUCAGUUUAUGCCAGUCAUCUAGUCUACAAGAUUCUCCUCGAAGCUGGUCUUCCACCAAACGUCAUACAAAUAGUUAAUGGAGAUGCUGAGAUGAUUACACAAACUGUCUUCGAUCACCCCAGAUUUGCCGCUCUCAACUUCACGGGUUCAUCCGAUGUCUUCCGCCAUCUCUACCACAAAGCUGCAGAAGGAGUUGCCAGCAAGAAAUAUGGCGACUUCCCCCGAAUGGUCGCUGAAACAUCCGGCAAAAACUUCCACCUCAUUCACUCAUCGGCAGACGUCAGCAAUGCCGUCAAGCACACAAUGAGAGCUUCUUUCGAGUAUUCCGGGCAAAAGUGCUCAGCAUGCUCUCGUGUCUAUCUCGCAAAGAGUCAGGCUGAUGCAUUCCUUACCGAGCUCAAGCAACACAUGUCAGAGACGAAGAUGGGGGACCCCGAAGACUUCAAGAACUUCCUUGGGCCUGUCAUCAAUCGUCCAGCUUUCGACCGUGUUACCAAGAUCAUCAAGACUGCAAAUGAAGACUCUCGACUCGAGAGAAUUGCAGGAGGAAACUACGAUGACAGCAAAGGUUACUACAUCGAGCCAACAGCCUACGUCUCCAACACUCUGGACCAUCAUCUGUUCGACCAAGAACUCUUCGGUCCUGUCUUGAUCAUCUAUGUCUACGAGGAUGCCGAGUUCGAAUCAUUGCUCGCCAAGAUUGAUGCUCAAGGUGGUGGCUUCGCAUUGACUGGCUCAAUCUUCGCCAACGACCCUCAAGCUAUUCGGAAGGCCGAGAACCAACUCCGAUACGCUGCAGGCAAUUUCUACACCAACUGCAAGACAACAGGUGCAGUCAUUGGUCAGCAGUCUUUUGGUGGCGCUCGAGGCAGUGGCACAAACGACAAGGCUGGCAGUGCUGACUCAUUGAGGCGUUUCACUUCUCCAAGGACGCUCAAGGAGGAGUUCAAUAGACUGGAUAGCGUUUUGUACCCCAGCAAUCUGUGA